AUGAGCGCGGGCUCGGAGCGCCGGGCGGCGGCGGCGCCUGGGGUGGUGCCGGCGCCCUGCGCCUCGAAGGUGGAGCUGCGGCUCAGCUGCCGGCACCUGCUGGACCGCGACCCGCUCUCCAAGUCCGAUCCGAGCGUGGUGCUGCUGCUGCAGUCGCAGGGCCAGUGGGUGCAGGUGGACAGAACCGAGGUGGUCCGGAGCAGCCUGCACCCCGUCUUCUCCAAGGUCUUCACACUCGACUACUACUUUGAGGAGGUGCAGAAGCUGCGCUUUGAGGUCUACGACACGCAUGGGCCCAGCAGCCUCAGCUGCCAGGAUGAUGACUUCCUGGGGGGCAUAGAAUGCACCUUGGGGCAGAUAGCGGCCCAGAAGAAGCUGACCCGAGCCCUGCUGCUGAAGUUCGGCAGGAAAGCCGGCAAGUCCACGCUCACGGUGACGGCCGAGGACAUCUCCGGGAACAACGGCUACGCGGAGCUGUCCUUCCGGGCCAGGAAGCUGGACGACAAGGACCUCUUCAGCAAGUCGGACCCCUUCCUGGAGCUGUACCGGAUCAGGGAUGACGAGAGCCAGCAGCUAGUGUACAGGACGGAGGUGGUGAAGAACGACCUGAGCCCCACCUGGCAGCCUUUCAAGGUGUCUCUGAGCAGCCUGUGCAGCUGUGAGGAGUCUCGGCCUCUGAAGGGCCUCGUCUGGGAUUAUGACUCCCGCGGGAAGCACGACUUCAUCGGAGAAUUCUCCACCACCUUCGCGGAGAUGCAGAAAGCUUUCGGGGAGGACCAGGCCCAGUGGGACUGUGUGAACUCCAAGUACAAGCAGAAGAAACGCAAUUACAAGAACUCUGGGCUGGUCAUCCUGGCAGACCUGAAGGUCUACAGGGUGUACUCGUUCCUGGACUACGUCAUGGGCGGCUGUCAGAUCCACUUCACGGUGGCCAUCGACUUCACGGCCUCCAACGGGGACCCCAGGAACAGCUGCUCCCUGCACUACGUCAACCCCUUCCAGCCCAACGAGUACCUGCAGGCCCUGGUGGCUGUGGGCGAGGUCUGCCAGGACUAGGACAGUGACAAGAGGCUCUCUGCUCUGGGGUUUGGAGCCUGGAUCCCUCCCAAGUAUGAGGUGUCCCAUGACUUCGCCAUCAAUUUCAACCCCGAGGAUGACGAGUGUGAAGGAGUCCAGGGCGUGGUGGAGGCCUACCAGAACUGUCUGCCCCGGGUCCAGCUCUGCGGCCCCACCAACGGCCCAUCAUUCUCCAGGGUGGACCGCGUGGCCGCAGCCGCGGAGCGCAGCGGCGAGGCCUCCAUAGGUCAAUACUACAUCCUGCUGAUCCUGACGGAUGGCGUGGUGACCAACAUGGCGGACACGCGCGAGGCCAUCGUGCGCGCCUCCCACCUGCCCGUGUCCAUUAUCGUCGUGGGGGUGGGCAACGCCGACUUCACCGACAUGCAGGGCCUCGACGGCGACGACGGCGUCCUGCGCGCCCCGCGGGGGGCGCCCGCCCUCCGGGACACCGUGCAGUGCGUGCCCUCCCGCGAGCUCAAGAGCGCGUCCCCCGCCGCGCUGGCCAAGAGCGUGCUGGCCGAGGUGCCCAGGCAGCUGGUUGAGUAUUACAGCCACAAGGAGCUGCCUCCGAGAGACCUUGGCAAGGCCAGCCCAGGCUCUGCUCCAUGA